AUGUAUUGCGCUGUACAUAAAAGUGUACCAAAUAAACACAUACAUGAUCGCUUUUGGUAACAAAAUAAUAUCCAACUUACAUACAUUCCGUGCAGCAGAUAACAAACCGAUACGCAAAGCACAAAUGCGAUCUGCUGUAAAGUGUAAACAGAAGUGUGAAUGUGAUCCUUCCGCGAUUAGUGGUUUUACGACACUCACCGAUGGAUAUCGUACCAGAUUUGAUGCGGAUUUGCUAUCUUUACGUGAUAAAACAUUUUCGCGAACGAUAACUGAUAAUAAAUUAUAUCUACUCCUUCAUUUGGUGAUUACUCCGGCUACUGAGUGGAACAAAAUCAGUUUAUUUACUGUGCCGAGUCAUUUGAGGGAGUUAAGUAACUGAGAUUUAUUGCAUUUAAUUCCAUAUUCUGCUGAGCAACAUGAAUAGUAAGGUAUUGAACGAAGUUUGUGAUAUGCUGGACACCUAUACUGGACGAGACAAGAUUGUACGAACACUUUGCUACACUACGAAACUGGCCUCGGGUUUGUACGCGAACAAUGACCCGGAUCUCGCGAAAAAGCUGGCCACUUUCAGCUCCAAAAUGUCACAAACAAGAGCCACGCUAAGGCUGUUCGAUGAUCUGCCUAUGCUGAGCUAUUCCCUCAGCUAUGGAAUGGGCAGCAAGGAACCAGAUCGAAUCAUGGGCCUAAUCGGCUUCAUCACUAAUUUGAUAGAUCAUGUAUACUACCCCGUGGACAAGAUUUGCUGGAUGAUUGAGUAUAAUUUGCUGAAGGUGGAGAACCCUAGCAAGUGGGACACAAUCAACUCAAUUUUCUGGGUAGCAUCCAUAUAUUUGAACUUGAUGAAAACGAUCCGAAGCUACACGGUGAUGGAGCAACACAAAUCACACAUAGACAAAUCGGAGAAUGGAUCCAGCCAAGCAUUCCAUAUGCUGCUCAUGAAGCAGCGCAUGGAGUUUAUCUCGAUUGUCCGACUAACGUUGGAUCUCGUACAUGCUGGAAGCACGCUACCAAAGGGCAUGCUCUGGGGAGGUCGAUUCGAAUCGUGGCACGUAGGUCUCAUCGGGACGGUUUCGUCGUUCAUCGGACUUUACCAGUACUUCGCAAAAAAACGGAUCAUUAGUAAAAGUUCCUAGUUUAGGACAGACGUCGAUUGACGUCCGAGUUUCAUGGAAUUUUCACACCAGGUUUUGUUAUAUAGAUAACUACAAUUUAGAGCUAGGCUACGUAAAGUUAAUUUGUAUAUUUGUGUCUGGAUUGCAACGGAAUGCGAUUAUGUCAUGAAAUCUAUAUGAGAUUGAUUUUUGGAGGAAAACUUAUGUGUUGAAAGCAGAAAUGUAGGGAAGAAAAAAUAUUUUUGAACCAUGGUUGAGGGGAAAAUAGUGUCGGAAAUAACUGUAAAUAAAAAAAAAUGAAUAAAUAAACU